AUGUUCCCCAGCGCGAUAAAGAGGAAGCCAAAACCCCUCGCAGAAGCCAUCGAGAGCGAAGACAAUGAGUUGGCGUCGAUGCGCUACCCGGACCUCGCACGGCAGCUUUACGACGCCAUCGGCUGCCAAAAGACUGAGCUGGAGCACAUGAUCUGCAAGCUACUCCGAGUACGAACGUGCCGCAUUGUUCCAUCUAACCUAUGGGCAUCUGGCAGCUUCAAUGCUGCAAUCUUGGUACGGCUGCCACAGGGCAAGAAUGCCUAUUUGCGGCUUCCGUUUGGACAUCGCAUCGGAGAAGGCCCAUUCCCUGGAAACGCAGAUGAAAAGAUUCAAACCGAGACGGCCACCUAUAUAUGGCUGCAAGAGCAUUGCCCAGAUGUACCGAUACCUACCUUUACCAUAUGCCCGCCAUUCCAUCCGCCAUACCCUCCCUCUGGGUUCCUCCUCAUCAGCGAAGCCCAGGGCAAGCGCCUCGACCGCUCGUGGCACAAGCACCACGAUGACGAGAACCGCCGAAAAACCCUAUUUAGGGGCUUGUCGCGCAUCACUGUGUCGAUGAACGCAAUGCCGCAACCACGGAUCGGGGCGCUGCGCCUCCAGGACGACGACACAAUUGCUCUUAACAACAGACCGCUCAACUUGUACAUGCACAUGCUAGAGAACGAGGGCGUUUCGUCGGGAAUACCGCGCGGGCGGAUGUACGCAGAGGUGGACGGCUACCUGUCAGAUCUUCUCUCGUUGCAGGACGCGAAGCUGCGCGGCCAGCCCAACGCCAUCUUUGACGUCGAGGACGGGCAGCUUCAGCUCGCAGCCUGCGCGGGGAUGCGCGCCGUCAUGCACCACUUUGUCGACCCGGGCACACGAGAUGGACCAUUUUACCUGACACUCAACGACCUCAUCCAGAGCAACAUCUUUGUCGAUGAGCAGUGGAAUGUCACGUCCAUCAUCGACCUCGAAUGGACGCACACGCUGCCUGCAGAGAUGCAGAGCCCCCCCUACUGGCUCACGUCCAAGUCCGUCGACGGCUUCUACGAGCAAAAGGAUCGCGAGGAAUUCGACGAGGCUGUCAAGGAAUACCUGACUGUUUACGAAGAGGAAGAGGUGCGACGCGGCGGCUCCGGCAGACAGGCCGAGGUGCAGCGAAGAGCCUGGGAUAGCUGGCAGUUUCUGGUUCUUCCGGGCCGCGACGGUGCCCAAGGCCAUGUACAAUCUCUUUAA